AUGAGCGACGACGAAGCUGACCCCGAGCUCCUUGAACUCCUCCGCCAAAGCCUGGGCAUAUCGAGACCGACCCAUGGCGAAGUUUCAAGCGAUACAGGCGUGCUACGAGAUGCCGAUCAUGUCUACAGCAAUGCUAUCGAUGUGUCAAUUGAUAUGUACGGGACCAAAGCCGCUGCCGCCGAGAUCUACCGCAGCAUGCAGGAAAAGAGCUACUCAACUGAGACGUGGAGUCAACAUGAGCUGCAUCCAAGAACGAGCGAAGGCUUCGAUGAAGUGGCGAUUCUGAACUUCGUGUUCACCAUGGACCUAUUGAACUUUUCCUUCUGGUCUGAGUUGUCCUCCGAAGAACGAUAUCAAGUCGAGUACCGUGGGAAACGAUGGACUGGCUACAACAGCCUUGUUGCCAGCCUUCGACGGGCACUCGAUGAAGGCAUAGCCAUAACGACACCACGCUUCUGGAGAAGUCAGCGAUGCUCUGACGAAACACUCGCCCACGUUUUUCGAAGCGCAACUGCAGAGCCUAUACCUCUACUGGACGAACGCAUCUCCAUACUUCGAGAAGCCGGUGAUGUCCUACGUGAAAACUUUGCGAGUGACGAGGACGAGGACGAGAUCGAAGUUGUAAAGGGUGCCGAGCGUGAUGAUGACCCUUCACAGAGCUCCAAUGCUAUCGCCAAUGGUGAAUUUGACGAGGGCAGCGAGUACAUCGAAAGUUUGCGAGCCGAUAUCGAUGGCCCCACUGACGACAGGAUACUCGCCAACACCACAGAUACUCAAGCAACGAACGAAUUAGCAAGCCAAACCCCGUCGACACGGCCAGAGCCAAGCAAUCUUCAAGUCCAGGCAGAGGUUGUCGAUGCUUCAACAUCUCAUGAUCGACCGGAGAUUGCCUCUGAUUCUGGGCUGGCCAGCAACGCCAACACAAACACAGCAGUUCAAUCAGAAGCUGCAAACGAACAACCUGCCAUUGCCCACGCCAACUCAUCACACAUAGAUGUCACAUCGAUUGAUCACAUAACAAACGGCGAUACCACGCACAUACCCGACGCACAGCAGGACAGCGUGCGGCCCGACCAUGCGGUAGUGCGAUUGAUACAGCGCGCAGACCGCUCUGCGGGCAAGUUGGUCAACCUUCUAGCCCAUCACUUCCCAUCCUUCCGCGACGAAUAUCGUUUCGAGGGUCGGAAAGUACGGCUUCUCAAACGUGCUCAGAUCUUUGUGGCGGAUUUCUGGGCGGCUCUGAAUGGGAGCGGGUUGGGCGAAUUCCACGAUAUCGACCACCUGACGAUGUUUGCAGACUACCGCGUCCCCCAGGUCCUGCACUCGCUGGGUGUGUUGGUCUUCAGUCCCCCGCUGGAUCACCGCAUCCGCAGCCUUGGUCGAAUUGAAUCAGGGCAUACCUGGGAGGUACAGCUGCGUGGCUGCAGCAUCUGGGCCGUCGAGCUGAUCCGGCGCGAGAUUGUCAGGGCGCAUCCGGAAGCAACGCAGGUCAACGCGGUGCUCAUCGACUUCUUCCUCUACGACUUGGCGAAGGAGAGAGAGGCGCUAGCAUUCCCCACCAUCGAACCAGGAGCCGCAACUACUAGUGCCUAA